UCAGCAGCUUGCUAGGCCACAGCCAGGAAGGUUUGAAUAGCCCCAUAGAAAAGUCCAGCGUGACCCACUGCUGACACAGGCAAAUCUUUGGGCCUGAACGCAGAGCAUCCUGGUUGUCUCUCCGAUACAGCUCUGAGCAUGGUGGGCUCCUAGCAUUACUAAAGAAGAUCACACUUGUUCUUGCACACAAGGUGCAAUUCUUUUCCGAUGCAGAGUGGAGUGCCACUUGAAGAUGAGCCAAGAAAAAAGAAUGGAACAGAGCAGCAGUCAAAGACCUCUCCCAGCAGCCAGUACCGACUCAUUGCACCAUCCUUCCAGUAUAAUAUGGAUUACAAGAAAGUUGGGAAAUGUAUUAUUAUAAACAACAAAAAUUUUGAGGAUAAAACAGGAAUGGGUACACGCAAUGGUACCGAUAAAGACGCUGGAGAGCUGCAGAAAUCUUUCAGAAAUUUAGGGUUUGACGUUUCUGUAUACAAUGAUCGAACCUGCGAUGAGAUGGAAAGAUUACUCAGACAAGUUGCUGAGGAGAAUCACAGCGAUGCUGCUUGCUUUGCCUGCAUCUUUUUAAGUCAUGGGGAAGAGGGCCUCAUCUACGGCAUCGAUGGACCUAUGGCGAUCAAGCAGCUGACCACGCUCUUCAGAGGAGACAAGUGUAAAAGUCUCAUUGGCAAACCCAAAUUAUUUUUCAUUCAGGCAUGCCGCGGUUCUGAAUUUGAUGAAGGGAUACAGACAGACUCCGGCCCUGCAAAUGACGCUCUGGAAACAGAUGCUAAUCCUAGAUACAAGAUUCCAGUCGAAGCAGAUUUCUUGUUUGCCUAUUCCACGGUUCCAGGUUAUUUUUCCUGGAGGAACCCAGGGAGAGGCUCCUGGUUUGUUCAGUCUUUGUGCUACAUAUUAAAUGAGCAUGGAAAACAGCUUGAGAUCAUGCAGAUCCUCACCAGGGUUAACCACAUGGUAGCCACAAGUUUUGAGUCGCAGUCUGACAACCCGCGCUUCAGCGAGAAGAAGCAGAUCCCCUGUCUGGUCUCCAUGCUAACUAAAGAACUGUACUUCUGAAAGCAGAUUCAAGUGGACUGAUGUCAGGGCACGCUUUUCUUGGGGAGAGUUGAUCAUACAGUCAACUUCCAUUUCAUUUAAUAGCAAAAACAGAUUUGUUUCGGUUGCUUGUACCUGUGACAGCCAGUGUAUCUGAUUGCUCAACCCUAAUCAAGGCUCUAUCGAAGGAACAAACAACUCCCACCUAGCCCAUGAGCUGAUAUAAAUUGCCGUAGCUUCAUGUUCAUAAACGGAGUUGUGGUGGAUUCCCCUAGCUGAGGAUCAUCGAAGGUUUACCUCUGGUAGCUGUCCAUUAUACUACUUACUGUACACUCAAAGGGAUACUGUCGAGCUCUCUACUAUUCAAUUCCUCCUCCCCUUGAAAAAUUUAGAAAAAACAUUUGUGUCUAAUUUUUGUCUUAAUUCACUGCUGAUUUUUAAAAAUGUUAUUUUACCUUGUGUUUAUCGCUGCAUCACUACAAAGUGGAACGUUUUCUAUGACUUCUUCUUUUAUAAGGUAGAAGAGCAGUAAAAUUGUAUGUAAUUCUAGCAACCGGUGUUAGCACCUUGUAGGCAAUCAAGGGGGAGCAAAAAUUGCAUAAGGGUGUGAGUAAGGCAAUUUGUGAUGAUUUAAUUUUCCUAGGGAUAAAAUGUUAGAUUCACGGAUAUCGAUUUUUGGAGUCCAGAGAAUACUUUUCUCUGGCAAAUCCAAAUUUGGACCUAAACAUGUUGACAGUGCUAGCUAGAAAAUAUGGUUGAUUGUUUCUUUGCUACACUUUACACCAAUGCAAAAAUGCCUGUUUCCUACGUCCUUUGAAAAAUGGUUUUGUAAAGCUUAGGAAACACUUGAUCCGUCUUUUUUCUAACAGGGAUAAGCUGCAUUGUACUGACGUACAGAUUCUUGACCAGUAACAGUUAUUUCUCUUGACUGUGUCACUCCAUAUGUAUUCUGUCCAAUGCUGAAUAGUUGGAUUAUCUAAAGAUGUGUUGUUUACAAAAAGAGGAAAAAAAGUCUAGAGGAAUGGUAUGAAUGUUGUCGAUCACUUCCAAACAGUUCAACAACUCCAGAGGGUAGUAGAUAAGUUUCUUUACUAAAUUCCAACAAAAAAAUAUGCCUUCAGGAUCCUUUAUCCCUUGUGUUAAUAUACUACCCCCAGGAGUCACAGCUUCACCACUGGGAAGUUCCUCGGAUGAAAUUAUGGACCUUGUCCUUGUGAUAAAAUCAAGCACAGUUAUUUGUGGUUUUUUUAAGCUUGAACACUAGCCUCUCUUUCUGUAGCCAACGCAAAAAAACAAUGACCUGAGUUUUUGAGCUAGGUUUGUGCUGUAAUUCUCUAAACUGUAAUUAAGGUGUAAUGGAAGGUGGGAAAACAAGGACUCAAGUUUUGUAAAAAGUUAGCUGAGAAGAAAUCUAGCGUUAAUGUGGCAAAUAACACUGGAAUGAAACCUUCAUCAAAUGUCACUGGAUUGUUUAAAAAAGGGCAAUAUGAAAGUGUUUUGCCUUGCAAAACCACAUUUAAACCCUGCAAUAAUAGAAUUACUCAUUUUUUGACUUGAACGGUUUACAGAAUAGAAAAUGUCUCUUUUGUUAUUAAAACCAAUUUUGCACCAACAGUCAAUCCUAGGAUGUUAUCUUAAAACACUGGAUGUUGUUGUUGUUGGGAAAAAAGAAAUAAUGAAAUAAAUGUCUGUUUACUUAGGUUGGAUACCUGUCUGUCCUGUAGGGCAGAGUCCAAAAGUACUGCAGAGAGGUCAACUUUCUCCAGGUAUCAGAAAUACCUUUCUAGUACUGUCAUGAUUUUGGCAUUUGGCACUGAUGUCAAGCACUACUUGUUUUUUUCUCUUUAAAAAAAAUCUUUCAUGAAUAUUCAGUAGCUAUCCCAAAAAAGUGAGUUUUAUAAAUUGUUCACUUUACCUGGUAAUGGGUGAAAUAAUCAGCCCUUUCCUAAUUAAAAUACUGUACUGUUGUAGGGUUUCUGGAACACUUUUAAGAUGUGUAUAUGAUUAUCAGUGCCAAGUUAUCACAUCUGUAAAUGUAUUUUCUACUUGUUAUUGUGCCAAAAUGAGACAUACCUCUCUUUCUUCUUAAGAAAUGGAAAUGUUUGUAUCUGUAAAUUAGACAAAUCUGUUGUUAAAAACUUGAUGAUAAGAUCAGUAAAAAUAAUUUUUAAAAA